ACACAGAAAGCGAUGAAAACUUUCUAAAAAUAAGUUCGAACUGACGUAUGCAGAUAAUAUUUAAUGUAAUUAUUGUUUGUCAUACACACAAGAGCGUCUGUACCUAAAAUAAUUAUAUGCAUCUCCUCAGAUGACACUACUUGUGUGUAAAGUUGUGUGAUGGACAAAAUAUCACUACCGUGUGUGUGUUUAUAGAUAUGGAUAAAGAUAUAAUAUGGCAUCAAAAGAUGAAGGACAUAAAUGGAAUGCAAACUCGGUGCUAAGCCAAAUACAAGAAGAUAAAGUACGAGAAUAUCGAGAAGCGUUCAAUUUGUACGAUAAAGACCAUGAUGGUGUUAUAUCUACACAUAAAUUAGGUGUCAUACUGAGAUCAUUGGGACACAACCCAACAGAACUCGAGAUUCAAGAAAUGAUUGAUGAAGUCGAUCAUGACAGAACGGGUUCAGUUGAGUUUGAAGACUUUUUAGAGGUUGUGAUGAGUAAAGACCUCGACGAAGAGGAUCACGAACUAGCAUUAAAAGAGGCGUUUAAAAUGUUUGACCGGGAUGGCAAUGGUUACAUUGACGCUGAUGAACUUAGAUUGUGUAUGAUGAAUCUUGGUGAGAAAUUAACAUUAGAUGAAGUUGAAGAAAUGAUCAAAGAAGUUGAUGUUGAUUAUGACGGAAGGAUGAAUUACGAAGAAUUUGUGAAGUUGAUGUGCACAAAAUACCCUUUGAUGUGAUAUUUUUACCAGCAAUGUGAUAGAAAUAUGGAAUAAAAAGGAAAGUACACACCAGCCAAAUACUUCAACAUUCUUAUUCAUGAUAUUCAUGACCUAAGUCCUUGUUCAGACACACAACUGACAAAAGAAGUGCCAAACAGGAGUAUAUCUUUUGAAUUGUUUCAGUUUAAUGAAAUCGUAAAUUCGAAAAUCAUCAAUAAACUUUUAUGACAACGAGCUACCGAUAUAAAGAAAUGUGUUUCUGAGUGUUGCAUUCCAAUGAAGCAACGAUUUGAAUAAGGCAAUAUUCUUUUCUUCAUAUUGCUACAUUGUACCACGAAAUGGCUUUUUAUCUUUAUUAACUUUAUCUUGCCAUUUACCGCCAUGAUGUUUGUUAAUGUGUAUACAUGAAAAUUUAUGCAAGUUGAGCAGAUGCGUACAGUUUUAGAACGAAUAAAAUAUUACUUGUU